AUGAAGAGAAGUGGUUCACUCCUUUUGGGUAUUAUCAUCCUGACUGUGGUUAGUGUUCGAGGAACCCCUUUGAUGAGGUCUGAACGCUGUUCCUGCAUCAACACCAGUUCAAAAACUAUGAAAAUCAGCUCCAUAAAGAGCCUUGAAACAUUCGACCCAUCUUCUUUUUGUGAUAAAACAGAAAUCAUUGUGGUAAUGAAGAAUGGAAGUGAAACAUGCCUGAACCCAGAUUCAGCGAAAGUGAAGAAAUUGAUUAAACAGUGGGAGAAAAAGAGCAAUCAAAAGAAGAGGCAAAUGAAAGGGAAAAAAUCUUCAAAAACCAGAAAAGUUCAAAAGCGUAGAAAAUCUCAACAGCGUCAUCAGAAGAAGUCUACAUAA